AUGGGUCUACUUGAAUUGCUGCGCAGGACAUCAGCACGUCAUUUGGGAUAUUGCUGCGCUGGCGACAAUGAGUCUGACAAAGACGAGAAACCUAUUAUCCAGUACCGUGAUUACGCUGCAGAGCAGUUUGACCAUCUCCUUUCCAGGUUUCUUAGAGAUCCUGAGUGUCCUGAAGAGUGGAGGUCUCAGUACACUUCUGAUUUCGGGGUAAUGAGACGAGACCUGUCUCAACCUCGCGGACUGGACCAAAGUGCAGUCCUGUCUGCUCUCGUCCCCAUUACAGCCACUUUAAUCGGGGCUGAGAUCGCUCGACGGGACAUGGUAGAUAUUUGGCGGAGGAACAUGCGACAGUCUCGCUUCCGAGACACAGCUGCUAAUAUCAGCACUUUGCAUAAUGCGGUGUUCCCCGGGGGUAACAUCAGCGGCGGUCCCGCGCGAAGUCCUACUCUUGUGGCCAUUGAGUCAUUGUGUAAUCUUGGCGAAUCUAGUGAGGGUAUGGAAGAUGUUGGAAGCCUUGAAGAGGCUCUAUGCGAGAUUCCUUCACCCGCCGGUCCCGGAUCUGACAAGCGGCACCUUCUUGAAGCUCGAAGACUUAAUUUGGUCGGUGCGCCAACUAUUGCGACCGCCCUUGACGGAAUCAACAACGGUCAGUUAAGUUUACAUUACAUGAGAUGGCUUGAGAGCAGAGAUCCCAACGACCCAGGCCCCCCAACCCAGGUCAUCCUGGAGAUAGGCUUCUGGAUUGGACCAGAUCUCGGAAGACGACCAAUCACAGCGAUUCAAGAUCGCUUCUCUGAUCCAAAUCACAGCCAGGAUCGCGAUCGAUGGAUUGUUGUCCAUCUCCACAUCCCGUUAAGCGAGAUGACCUUCAGGAUCGGUUCGUUCGACUGGGAGAUCGGUGUCUCUAGUUUUGGCAUGUACCACAGCCAGGGCACACAACUUCCUGAACGCCCUGUUCAUACUGGAGUAACACUGCACCGUCGAGCUCAAUGGAGAUUUACCGAUUCAUACGCAAACGGUCGUUACAACAGAGGCGCGAUGAGAAACUACAACAUUCGCAUGGAACCUUUCAACUGUAACUACGUCAAUCAGCGGAAUCGUGGUCUAUGGUAUCCAAGUCAUGACUACUCGAGGUCACUUGAGACUCUAAGAGAAGAGCAUCGUUCAACUUCCAUGGCUCGAUCGAUCAAUAGAUUUGGUCUCUGGCUUCGCGACCAAGGAACGUUCUCCCCGCAGAAUUUGGCAAGAAUCUGGCCUGAUAUCUUGAUCCAGCAAGUGCCCAAUGACCACCAGUCCAACUGGGGUCAACUCUAUUACAGACCAGCCCCUGGGGCCUUUGAUCAGAACUGGUUGCCCAGUGGCAAUGGCGCCGACGACCUCUCAGGGCCCUUUCAGUAA